AUGCUGCUACCCCUGCAGCUGCUACCCCUGAUGCUGCUACCCCUGCUGCUGCUUCCACUGCUGCUGCUACCCCCUGCAGCUGCUACCCCUGAUGCUGCUACCCCUGCAGCUGCUACCCCUGAUGCUGCUACCCCUGCUGCUGCUACCCCUGCAGCUGCUACCCCUGAUGCUUCUACCCCUGCUGCUGCUACCCCUGCUGCUGCUACCUGUUCUGCUGCUGCUACCUGUUCUGCUGCUGCUUCCUCUGCUGCUACCCCUGCUGCUGCUACCCCUGCUGCUGCUACCCCUGAUUCUACCCCUGAUGCUGCUACCCCUGCUGCUGCUACCCCUGCUGCUGCUACCCCUGCUGCUGCUACCCCUAAUGCUGCUACCACUGCUGCUGUUACCUGUUCUGCUGCUGCUGCUUCCACUGCUGCUGCUACCUGUGCUGCUACCCCUGAUGCUACCCCUGAUGCUGCUACCCCUGCAGCUGCUACCCCUGAUGCUGCUAACCCUGCUGCUGCUUCCUCUGCUGCUUCCUCUGCUGCUUCCACUGCUGCUGCUACCCCUGCUGCUACCUCUGCUGCUACCUGUGCUGCUGCUACCCCUGCUGCUGCUACCCCUGCUGCUUUCACUGCUCCUGAUACCCCUGCUGCUACCUCUGCUGCUGCUACCUCUGCUGCUACCUGUGCUGCUACCCCUGCUGCUGCUACCUCUGCUGCUACCUCUUCUGCUGCUUAUGCUGCUACCUCUGCUGCUACCUGUGCCUCUACCCCUGCUGCUGCUACCUGUGCUGCUACCUGUGCUGCUACCCCUGAUGCUGCUACCUCUGCUGCUACCUCUACCCCUGCUGCUGCUACCCCUGCUGCUGCUACCUCUGCUCCUACCUGUGCUGCUACCCCUGCUGCUGCUACGCCUGCUCCUGAUACCCCUGCUGCUACCCCUGCUGCUGCUACCUCUGCUGCUACUUCCUUUGCUAUUACCCCUGCUGCUGCUACCCCUGCUGCUGCUACCCCUGCUGCUGCUACCCCUGCUGCUACCCCUGCUGCUGAUACCCCUGCUGCUGCUACCCUGCUGCUGCUACCCCUGCUGCUGCUACCUGUGCUGCUGCUACCUCUGCUGCUACCUCUGCUGCUACCUGCUGCUACCCCUGCUGCUACCUCUGCUGAUGCUACCCCUGCUGCUGCUACCUCUGCUGCUUCCCCUGCUGCUGCUACCUCUGCUGCUGCUACCCCUGCUGCUACCCCUGCUGCUGCUUCCUCUGCUGCUUCCUCUGCUGCUUCCACUGCUGCUGCUACCCCUGCUGCUACCUCUGCUGCUACCCCUGCAGCUGCUACCCCUGAUGCUGCUAACCCUGCUGCUGCUUCCUCUGCUGCUUCCUCUGCUGCUUCCACUGCUGCUGCUUCCUCUGUUGCUACCUCUGCUGCUACCCCUGCUGCUGCUACCCCUGCUGCUGCUACCCCUGCUGCUGCUUCCUCUGUUGCUACCUCUGCUGCUAUCUCCGCUGCUGCUACCUCUGUUGCUUCCUCUGCUGCUGAUACCGCUGCUUCUGCUACCUCUGCUGCUGCUACGCCUGCUGCUGCUUCCUCUGCUGCUUCCACUGCUGCUGCUAUCUGUGCUUCUACCUCUGCUGCUACCUCUGCUGUUGCUCUCUCUGCUACUACCUGUGCUGCUACUUCCUCUACAACUGAUACCUCCACUGCUGAUACCUGUGCUUCUAUAUGUGCUGCUGCUACCUCUGCUGCUACCUGUGCAGCUGCUACCUCUGCUGCUACCUGUGCUGCUGCUAACUCUGCUGCUGCUACCUCUACUGCUGCUACCUCUACUGCUGAUACCCCAGCUUCUACCCUGCUGUUGCUACCUUUGCUGAUACUUCCUCUGCUGCUGCUACCUCUACCGCUGAUACCCCAGCUGCUACCCUGCUGUUGCUUCCUCUGCUGCUACUACCUCUGCUGCUGCUACCUCUACUGCUGA